GUGUACCGAGUUGCAGGUCCAUUUUUGGAAACCACUUUGGGAGCUGAAGGCAAGUAGGUGAACUUACCGCCUUCCUUUUCCACAGGCCGCAGCUCUCUCUCUCUCGCUACUCCCCAAGACCCCGAGCUGAAGUAGCACCAGCGACGGUGAUGGACGUGGAGGCCGUUCCGCAUCCCCGAUCGCCGCCGCGGAUGCCCGACCUCUGCGGCCGCCACUGUCUCCAGGCGCAGCUCCUCCUCUUGACCCGAGAGAUUGCCUUCCUCGAGGAGGAGAUACAAUCCAUUGAAGGAAUCCAACCUGCAUCUGUGUGUUGCAAAGAGGUUGAGGAAUAUGUGGGGAUGAUCCCAGAGCCCUUAAUCCCAAUAUAUAAGAGAAGAAAAAAGCAAUCUCGCUUUUGGAGGCGGCUCUGCACGAUGGUGGUUUGCUUCAACAUACCAACUUGCUGCUCUGGAGCUCCCUUCAGCUGGUUCAGUAGACAUUGGCACAACUGUAGACCGACCUGGACUCAUCGCUCCACUCGCUGUCGAUGCCCCUGCAGUGGCAACAGCUGCAGUACCUGCAGUUGCUCCAGAUUAAAAUGUGUGACCCCAAGUUUCUCAUGCCCAGGGUAUUCUUGUGGAUGUGUUUGCUCAUGUUCGAAAUGUAGCAAAGUCUGCAUUUGCCCAAGGUGCUUGUCCUGCAUCAGCUACUGCAUCUGCGAGUAAAAGUUUUCGAUUGCACAUUAUUUUUUACACUAAUCUUGA